AAGAAAUACUGUACACUGUCUUUGGUUCAAGGUUUGAUUUCGGUGACAGCGCUCCGCUCUAUCGGGUUUUGAGAGCUUGGAAUACGGUUACUGAGGCGGACAGCCCCGCUGUAGAGAGCCAAGAUGAUGAACAUGUGGAAAGUCCGGGAAUUGGUUGAUAAAGCAACCAAUGUGGUGAUGAACUACUCGGAGGUGGAGACUAAGGUGAGGGAGGCCACCAACGAUGACCCCUGGGGACCUUCAGGACAGCAGAUGGCAGAGAUUUCCAGAUGUACGUUUAUGUAUGAGCAGUUUCCUGAGGUGAUAAACAUGCUUUGGAACAGGAUGCUCCGGGACAACAAGAAGAACUGGAGAAGGGUCUACAAGUCUCUGCUGUUGUUGUCCCACCUCAUCAGGAACGGUUCAGAGAGAGUUGUCACCAGCGCCAGAGAACACAUCUACGACCUACGAUCUCUAGAGAGCUACCACUUCGUAGAUGAGAACGGUAAGGACCAGGGAGUGAACGUGCGUCAGAAGGUGAAGGAGAUGGUGGAGCUAAUCCAGGAUGAUGAUAGACUGAGAGAGGAGAGGAAGAAGGCAAAGAAGAACAAAGACAAAUACAUUGGAGUGUCCUCUGACAGUAUUGGGGGAGGGUUCAGCAGAUACACGGGUGAUCGCUAUGACUCCAGCAGCUCUGGCGGUAAUGAGGGAAGCAGCAGAGGGAAGUGGGAUGAGGACUGGAAGAGAGACCAAGGCCAGUUCCCCUUCAGUGACAAACUGGGGGAGAUCAGUGAUAAGAUCGGCAGCACCAUCGAUGACACAAUCAACAAGUUCAGGAAGCAGAGCAGAGAUGAUUCGCCAGACCGAUUCAGUGACAACGAGGAGGAGCGAAGUCGCCCGUCACGGAACGGCCAGUCUGGGAGGUCGGUGUUCAAAGACGAGGAGGAAACCGUGACGACCAAGAGUGUCCAGAUCGUUCAGGCAACAGAAACCACAGCAACCAGGAAGAGAGGCGGGAUUCCAUCCAAAACUGUGUCCCUGGGAGCCGCGGCCCACUACACAGGAGACAAAAGCCCUGAUACCUCUGCCAAACAGACUCUGUCCGCAGCAGCACCUCAGCCCUCCAGUAGUGGUCUGGCUGACCUAUUCAUGGUAGAUACAGGACCCACCCCGCCUGCAGCAGCCACCGACCUGAUAGGAGGAUUUGCUGACUUUUCUUCUCCUGCUGCCUCUGUCGGCCUCUCCACAGUACCUGCCUCUAGUGGGAACAGUGAUUUUGGGGACUGGAAUGCUUUCCCUGACGGCCAGGCCCCCGUCCCCACCCCUUUCGCCCAGCCUCAGGCCCCCGUCCCGACCCCUUUCGCCCAGCCUCAGGCCCCUAGCAACACUGACCUGUUUGGGGCUCUGGCUCCCAGCUCUGCCCUGGCUCCCAGCUCUGCCCUGGCUCCAGCCUCAGCUGACCUGUUUGAUCUGAUGGGUCCGGUCCAGACUCAGUCUCUCUCUGCCUCUCAGAGCCUCACCUUCAAUAUGACCAGCACACAGAACGUGACCAGUACCAUGCCACAUUCCACAUCACUGCCCUUCCAGGUGAUGAGUGGUCCGUUGCAGCCCCAGCAGCAGCAAGUCAUGCUGGGUACCCAGGGUUCCAUGGGGUCAGCGAUCCCCUCCACCUGGUCUGACUCCUCGGUCAACAUCAGUCUGGACUUCCUGGCACCCGGCGUGCAGCCUCCCAAACCCGCCCAGCCCACCCUCAAAACCCUCCAAGGAGUCCAGCCCCUCCCACCUGUCAACAUGCUCUCGCAGGGAUUUGCCGGCAUGGGCCUCGCCCCCUCCCCCAUCAGAACCCCUACAACUCCCAUGAUGUACGCCGGUGCUGGGAUGGGCAUGGCCCCCAGCCAGGGCAUGAUGGGAAUGGCCCCCAGCCAGGGCAUGAUGGGAAUGGGCAUGAACAUGGGUGCUAUGCCCCAGGCUAACAUGACCAUGGGGAUGAGGAUGCCAGCCAUGUCUAUGGGCUCUGGCAUGGUACAGCAGCAGCCCAAGCAAGGAGUGGACGCCUUCGCGGAUUUCGGCAACUUCAGGAAGUGAGGGAAGAUGUGCCGUGAAGGAAAGGGGUGUUUCUGUUUUUCUCUCCAACAGACUGUCCAUGAAGGAUUGUAAAAGAGCUGCAAACAAAGAGUACUUGAAUGUUGUCAAAUACUGACUGCCACCCCUCCACUUCCUGUUUCUUUCCUUUAAGUGAUAUAUAGAGACAUGAAUAUACACGAUUGUAUGCAUCUUUUAAUCAGUUGGAACUUGCAAUCAAGUACCUUUUAGAGUGUAUUCAGUCCAGUAAUGGUUGUGUGCUGUUCAGGUUUGAAUCGGAGAGAACAACAGAGCAGAAACACUGUGCCAGAAUAACGCAGAGAUUUUUCACUUUAAAAUGUAUGCCAAACAAAAACCAAUGAUUGCAAAGUUAAACGACCCAUACAACUCUAUGCACAAGGACGGCUUGUAAACUUGUAUGGUUUGUUUAACUUCUCAAUAAUAGUUUUUUGUUUGUAUUGCUUUUUAAAGCACCAUUCUGUUACCAUGGAAUUGUUAUUGACCAUUCUGUUACCAUGGAAUUGUCCAGGUGAAACUUCAAGAGAAUGUCAGCGGGGGUUUUGCUUUACUUAACCAAUUCAUUGUCAGGAGUAGCAAAAAUAUAGUUUUAUAUGAUAAUCCCACCCCAAUAACUCCCCAUCCACCUCUUUUUUAGAAUGUCCGGUUCUCUCGACCUGUCCCUUCCCUACAACUGUAAAUAUUACUGGUGCGACAGACAAAUAAAUUAUAAGUACUUGAUUAUGAUAUGAUGAUGUCGUCGUGAAGAGGUGGGUGUCAAUUGGACGGAACCAGAUGUCAAUCAAGACGUUGCUAUUGCACGCUACAUUGCCACGGAGCCGGUCUUUAAUACCUACUUUAUAUAACAGCGUUCCACACUCCAAAUGUGGAGUUUCUGUUCAAUAUUAGAUUUAACAAAUCAAUCAAUCGUUUAUUGAUGGAUGGAUUUAAUAAGUGAAUGAAUGAGAUGAUUGAAAGUUGUUAAUUGAAGAAGCUGUGGUAAUGAUAACACAGAUCUCCUUUGUGGCCUUUCUUAUGGGUAUAUCUUUUUUAAAGAACUAUAAUCUUUUUUUUCCUUGCAUCCAAAUAAGAUGAUCAGUAGAUGUAGGAACAACCUGGUAGGCUGUGUUCUGUAAGUACAGCACAUGGUGCCUGGGUUCUUUAAGUACAGCACAUGGUGCCUGGGUUCUGUAAGUACAGCACAUGGUGCCUGUGUUCUUUAAGUACAGCACAUGGUGCCUGUGUUCUGUAAGUACAGCACAUGGUGCCUGGGUUCUGUAAGUACAGCACAUGGUGCCUGGGUUCUUUAAGUACAGCACAUGGUGCCUGGGUUCUUUAAGUACAGCACAUGGUGCCUGUGUUCUGUAAGUACAGCACAUGGUGCCUGUGUUCUGUAAGUACAGCACAUGGUGCCUGUGUUCUUUAAGUACAGCACAUGGUGCCUGUGAGACAGAGGCCUUAUUCCUUCAUUAUACAGGAGACAGACGGAGAGACGAUACAACUAUAGUGUUCAUGACAGUUACUGUUAGGAGUCUACAGCACAGUAUGUAUGUGUGGUUCUUACUGCUCCCUCUGUCCCCUGGGACCCUUGUGGAAUAGGGGGAAGAGAUGUCCCUAGAUGCUGAUCUUGGUUCAGUUUUUCGUUUCCCUCCACUAAUGGUUUAGUUUAGGAUUGGGGGUGGGGAAGCUGAUCCUAGCUCUGUACUUAGGGGAAAAAUCACCCCGGAGUGGAUCUCUGAAGGAGAGGUUUCUGACAGUGCAGGUCUAGGAGAGGAUUUCUCUUGUUUGUUUUGUUUUUUUGGGGGGGGUCAUACAUCUUCUAUGGCACCCUAUACACUUUAUAGUGCACUACUUCCGACCAGAGCCCAUAGGACUCGGGUCAGAAGUAGUGCACUAUAUAGGAAAUGGGUACAUGUGAUACAAGGUCAGCGAGUACCUCACAUGUAAACUAGACUCCUGUUUCAGAGCUGUCCUCGUCCAGGAGUUCGGGUCAAUUCCAUUUCAAUUCUGGAAGUACACUGAAAUUCCAGUUUUCUUCAAUGCUUUUCAUGAGGAAAAUGUUGAAUGUAGUUUUACUUUCUAAAUUGACUGAAAUGGAAUUGACCCCAACCCUGCACAGAUGAAAACACAGUAGCCUUCUGUCUGAGCUGAGGCUUCACCUGCUGGAAAUGACCAAAAUGUAGCAACUCUUGUUUGUUUUUCUAAGAGAUGAUGUCCUUAGGGGGUUGUGUUUUAUUCUUUCGUUGGUUUAUUUUUUUUUUCUACUUAUUACAAUUGUUCUGAGAUCUUCUGUAAUGUGGUAUUGUUACAUAAAAUAAAAACACUAGUUUAUGCAAAUGUAUAAAAAGAAAAAGUGACGCAUCACCAACGAAAAGAGCCUUGAGAAAAUGUUUUCAUUUGAUUGUCCCAUGAUCCUUUUAUCUACGGCAUUAAAACAGUUGAUUACAGUU